UCAAAAAGGCGUGCUGUGCGCGAGUUACCUGUUGCCUGAACUGCUCGCUCGUUGCCCACCUCUCCUCCUCCUCCUCCUCCUCCUCCUCCUCCUUCACAAGUUCCUUCGUUGCUUCCUCGCCUGUGGAAAGGAAAGUCUUGGAUUAAGCAAGGAAUGGGAGAGCGGCGGGUGAGGGGUAACUACAAGGCCGGUCACCAGAACCCCUCCUUCUCAUCCACCCUCCUCGACGCCAUCUACCGCUCCAUCGACGAGUCGGACGGUAACGCCGCCGCCUUGGGGAGUGUAUCCUCCCGAGAUAGGUUCUGCGCUCCCGAAGACAUCCAGAAGAGGUCUCCACUGACUCUUCUGCCUCCCGUGGCGGCGGCGAACCAGGGGGCGGCCAGCCGUUGCCGAACCCUUCCGCCUAUCUGCACAUCUAGCUCUUCCGACAUCUCCAGCUAUGGCGGAUUUUCGUCCUCUUCGGAUCCAGACUCAGUGGCCGCACGGCUCCGCCCGAUCCGGACCGGAGCGGCUCCUCUCUGCUCCGCCCCUCUACCGCUUCCGCUGGCGGAGGAAGGCGAGAAGAAGAAGAAAAAGAAAUCCGGUUCGAUCCACGGCAAGCUCCACGAAAUGAGAGGUUCGAGAUCGGCGGCGCCGGCGUCUCCGGGGGCUCGACUUGCCGGCUUCCUCGGGUCUCUGCUAUCGGCGGUGUCAGGGACACGGCGAAAGCAGUCGCCCUCCUCGUCAACCACCACCGCGGGCGGAUGCGACGACUCCGCCUGCUCCACGGCGUCGUCCCACUCGCGGUCGUGCUUGGUCAAGAAUCCAUCUACGAGGGAAAGAGCGGCGGACAGGGGCAAGCGGACGGUCAGGUUCUACCCAGUGAGCGUGAUUGUGGACGAGGACCUGCGGCCGUGCGGUCAGAAGAGCAUCUUCGAGGCGGAUUCGUCGUCUCGGCGGCUAUCGGCGGCGGCAUUGGAAGCAAGGAGGAGGGUAGCGGAGAUGCUGAGAGGGAUGGAGGAGGAGGAAGAGGAGAUGAGUGAUUCGAGCUCCGAUCUGUUCGAGUUGGAGAAUUUAACGGCGACGGAAAAUGGAGGAGUCGGUGGCGGCGGCCGCAUGGACGAGCUUCCGGUGUACGAAACCACUCGCCUCGUCUCCUUUUCUCAAUCUCAACGUUUUCUUAAAAUAUAAAACCCUCAAAAUUUUCUGUGAUUUUUUGUUUUCUACUUUAAUCCUCUUACUUUUGGGUGCUAAAUAGUGUUGAAGUUAUAAAUUACUAUCUUACUAUUGCGACUGGUUUUGGGUGGACUGUUGUAUCAAUAUGACUAAUGUAAUUGCUGCUGCACAUGAA